CCUCUCACUCUCUGUGCUCGUCCUACAUGAGCCACACACAACAGUGAGCCUGACUCUAAACUCCACACCAGCCACUCGCUUCACACACAGACCCAAGAUUCACACUCUGCUCUUCUUCUUCUUUUUCUUCUUCCUCUCUGCUGCUGCUGCUGCUUUUUUGCUUCUAUCCAUUGGAUAUUCCUCCCUGGGUGUUAUCUUUUUUUUUUUUUUUUUUGUGAAUGGGCAUCCGUGGCCGGUGUGAGGAGCUUGUGAAUGGAUUGACUGGCUGACUGAUUGACAGACUGUGUGAAGAGAGUGACAGCUGGGUUUCAAUAAAAAGAAAAAAGAAAGAAAAAAAAAAAAAGAGGGCGAUGCUGAGAGGUCAAGCGAGGAGCGACAGACCCUCUUUGUAGUCCGGAAAUAUAUAAAAGACACGUGAGGAGAAUCGAGAAACUGGAGGUAAGAUAACAGUCUCAGAUAGACAGAAGACAUGGUUCAUCACAGAGAAGAGGACCUGAUCGGGAUCCCCUUUCCAAACCACAGCACCGAUGUCCUCUGCAGUCUCAACGAGCAGCGCCGUGAUGGGCUGCUCUGUGACGUCAUCCUCAUUGUCCGUGACCAGGAGUAUCGCACCCACCGCUCCGUCCUGGCUGCCUGCAGUCAAUAUUUCAAGAAGCUCUUCACAGUGGCCACCACUGACGGUGGAGAUCACCACCACACAGCGGCCGUGUACGAAAUUGACUUUGUUGCUCCAGAGUCUCUCACAGCCAUUCUGGAGUUUGCCUACACAUCUACUUUGACAGUGACAGCGUCCAACGUUAAAGAGAUCCUAAACGCUGCUCAGAUGCUGGAGAUUCCAUGCAUCAUAAAUGUUUGCAUGGAGAUCAUGGACAGUGGGGAUGGAGGAGGAGGAGGAGGAGGAGGUGCACGAGGAGGAAGAGAGGAGGAAGAACUGGAUGAAGAGGAGGAGGAAGAUGUAGAGGAAGAUGAGGAGGAGGAAGAAGAAGAGGAGGAAGAAGAGGAGGAUGUGGGGUCAAGGAAGGAUGAGCAGGAGGAAGAGGAGGAUAACAUCAGUGAGAGGUCGCUGCAGUCAUCGGAGAGCAGGGGGGAGCAGACGCCUCCAGGGACGGGGGAGUCUCCGCCUCCAACUACAUCCACCUACCAUCAACAGUUUGACCUGCACAGGCAGUCAUCCCAGUCCCCUGACACCAUGAGAGGGAAACAGGAGAGUAUGGAGAGUCGGGCUCUGAAGGACUUCUCCAUCGAGUCUCUACUUCAGGAGGGGCUUUACCCUCGCAUGUCAACACUGGACAGAAGGGCCAGCUUCUCUCCUCUCCUCCCGGGUUUCUACCCUUCAGUGUGGGCUGCUGAGUUUCCGGCCUUCCCCCAGCAGCUCUUGGAUGCAGGCCACCAUCAGCAUCCGCACACGGGAGCCUCGCCACAAUCCAGGCUCCCCCACGCCUACCCGACCCCGGCACCACUCGAGGCUUCCAGGCCCCUUGAUCUCGCUGUGAAACGAGAGAUCAUCAAGGAAGAGAUGAAAGAGGAAGUUCCGCCCUCUCUGUUGCACGGUGACUUCCUGAAGGAUUUUGUCAGCUCAGGCCUGGGCAGUGCUGUAAACCCAGGGUCGGUGCAGACAGAGGGUCACGCUUUGGGUCCAAUUAAGGACGAAGCCGACUUCCGGUCGUACCUGAACUUCCUGAGCUCCGCUUCCCACCUCGGGGCGCUGUUUCCCCCUUGGCAGUUAGAGGAGGAGAGGAAGAUGAAGCCCAAGGCAUCGCAACAGUGUCCGAUCUGCAACAAGGUCAUUCAAGGAGCCGGGAAACUGCCGCGACACAUGAGGACACAUACAGGAGAGAAACCUUACAUGUGCACUAUCUGUGAAGUACGGUUCACCAGACAAGACAAACUCAAGAUCCACAUGAGAAAGCACACAGGUGAGCGCCCCUACAUCUGCCUCCACUGUAACUCCAAGUUCGUCCACAACUAUGACCUGAAGAACCACUUGCGUAUCCAUACGGGCGUCCGUCCAUACCAGUGUGAACACUGCUACAAGAGUUUCACACGGUCCGACCACCUACAUCGACACAUCAAGAGGCAGAGCUGCCGCAUCUCCCGCCCUCGACGGGGACGAAAGCCGGCAGCUUGGAGAUCCGCACCCAGCAGCAACUUCCUAUGCCCCCCCACUGCCGCCACCAACCGGUUCGAGGAGAACGGGUUGAGCUCCGCCUACCAGGCAGUCAAGAGUCACGGACUUGGGGAAAUGCUGGGCCUCGGUGGCAGGGGUCUGGGGUUUAAAGGUGUGGACGGGAGCGUGGGCAGGGAGGAAAAUCGGCGAACGGAGGGGAAUCAAGUUGCAGAGGAGGAGAAGGCCAGGGUGGGGAGGCAGAGGGGAAUGUUUGCCUUCGCCCUGUCUGGAGAGGAGGUGCUCACCCACUCACCAUUUUACGGUGCGACCUCUGACCCCUGGACCAUGAGACUGGAGCGUGCUCCACCCAUCCCUGAGCCUGCCAAAUGAGAUUUGUUUUGUAAUAAAAAGUGGAAAAGUCUUAAUUCUGCUCUGAGAAGAUAAAGCACCUUUUUAAAACACGAAAGACAAGAGAGAUAAAUGAGCAUUUUAGAGCCAACUGUAAAACAGACUUUCUAAAAAAAAAAAGAAAUCCACAGUCCACUUAAAUAAUUCCACAGAUGCCAUGUUAAAUAUUUGUCUGAAUCCUGUGAAUAAUUUGAUAGCAUUUAAGAAAAGUCCAAAAGGAAAAUAUUUCACAUUGUUUAUGAGUAAUGAAUGCAUUUCUGUUUUAUUAUCCACACAAAGUGUAAUAACUACCUAAUUAUGGUAUGAAGCAAGAUGAGGGCUUUGCAAUGCAAAGUAUUGAUAUGCAAAAAUAUAUAUGAUUCACAAAACAGGAUCUAAAAAAAUAAAAAUAAAACUUUUUUAAAAAUCUUGAAUUAGAGACUAUGAUGAAUGUAAAACAUGAUUACAUGUACAAAUACAAUCAAGAAAUUGUCCCUUUAACAUUCUAGUCUUUUAUUAAUAAAGUAGGGGAGUUAAUUAAGAAUAAAAUCUAAAUAAAUAAAUCAGUCAGCAUCCAGAGAACAGCCAGUUUUAUUUAGUGUCGAUGUGUUUAAAUGUUAAAAUGAUGGAGCAGUGCUUUAAGAAAAUAAUCCUAAACAUCAUCUGGCACAUGUCCUGACCAUGUUCUACCUGUGUGUUUGAUUUAUUUAGUAUUCACAGACAAAGGAAACUCACUUGAAGUUGAAUAAAUCAGGAUAUUUGAUAACAUGUCAUUAUCUUUUCACCGCCUUGUUCUGAAUUAAGCUCCUCGUCUGCACUAUUGUAUAUAAACCCAGAAUAUCAGCCACGGUGGUGUUCAUUAUGGCUGCGUUGCUGAUGAUGUAAAAAGAAACAUUGCUCUUCAAAGACUCUGAUGAAUCCAUCCAAAGAUGUGUACUAAAGCAUUUCACAGACUUGAAUAAGACUUGUUUUAAUGUUUAUGAAUAUGUGUCUUCAGGAGAUGUAUAUUUCUGACUAAUUGACUGCCGCUUUAGCUGUACGCUUGUGUUUUACUGCAGCAAACAAAUUAGUUUCAACGGCCCCCCCGCCCCAGUUUUCAUAUACUGUUCAUCUCUGAUUUGUGUAUAAAGCUGUUCGAAAAUUAUUUGAAUUGAAAUGGGAAAGUAUUUUCUUGCUAUUUAUGCGUAUUUAAAUGAAUGAGCCUUGGCUAUAUUUUGCAAAUCUGUUUUAUAAAGACACUAAAUGUUGAACUUUGUUUUGGUGUCGGAGUGUUUUUGUUUUGUUUUUAUCUGUCAAGUGUCCACCGGGAGGCAGUGGAAACCACACACGAACACAACACUGAGAUCACCUUUAAGCUCAUCUAGGAAAACAGUUACAGUCUAUUUACACCUGCAUUGGAUUGAGAAGAACAUCAGCAUUUAUGUGGAAUCCUCUAAUGAUGGUAAAUUCAUUAUAUCUGCUCUUCUCCACUCACUGAGGCCUGUGGGAUUCUGAUUGGGGUCCCACACACCAGAGGGCUAGUGUGGGGUGGGCUGGAUUUUGUCCCUUGUACAUUUCUAACUAUUAAACACUGUUUUUAUGC